AUGCCUUCAAAGAAAAUCAUUAAGAAGAGAGUUGCUCCUCCGCCACCAUUGGCUAAGAAAUCGGAGGCACCGAAAAAAGAACAAAAUCCUCUAUUCGAGAAGCGACCACGCAAUUUUUCAAUAGGACAAGACAUUCAACCAAAACGAGAUCUGACUAGAUUUGUGCGAUGGCCCAAGUAUGUUCGUUUGCAACGUCAAAAGGCUGUUUUGAUGAAACGUUUAAAAAUUCCACCACCAAUUAAUCAAUUUCGUACAACGCUUGACAAACAGACAGCGACGCAACUAUUCCGUUUGCUGGACAAAUAUCGUCCAGAAACAAAGCAUCAGAAGAAGGAACGAUUAAAGGCGCGUGCGGAAGCUCGGGUAGCAGGCAAAACUGAAGAAGUAACAAAGCGUCCACCGGUGGUUCGUUCAGGUGUAAACCAUGUCACGAAACUUGUAGAACAAAAAAAGGCACAACUGGUUGCUAUUGCGCAUGAUGUUGAACCUAUUGAAAUUGUUCUUUUCCUUCCGGCACUUUGUCGUAAAUUUAAAGUG